GCGGCAUCAAUGUGUGACCUUGAAUUUGGCAAUGACAAGGCAAAAGAACAAAGAGAAGGUAGCUUGUGGCGAGCGUCCUGGUAUGAGCAGUUCAUGCAGCCCUGUCUGGUUGAACUGCUGGGCUCUGCUCUCUUCAUCUUCAUUGGGUGCCUGUCGGUCAUCGAAAAUGGAAUGGAUACUGGGCUGCUGCAGCCGGCCCUGGCCCAUGGGCUGUCUUUGGGCCUUAUCAUCGCCACGCUGGGGAACAUCAGUGGUGGUCACUUUAACCCUGCAGUGUCCCUGGCGGCCAUGCUGAUUGGAGGCCUCAACCUGAUGAUGCUCCUUCCUUACUGGAUAUCCCAGCUGUGUGGGGGGCUGAUUGGGGCUGCCUUGGCCAAGGUGGUGAGUCCUGAGGAGAGGUUUUGGAAUGCAUCCGGGGCGGCCUUUGUAACAGUCCAGGAGUCUGGGCAGGUGGCAGGGGCAGUGGUGGCAGAGAUCAUCCUGACAGCCCUGCUGAUACUGUCUGUGUGCAUGGGUGCCAUCAACGAGAGGACCCAGAGCCCGUUGGCCCCCUUCUCCAUUGGCUUCUCUGUCACUGUGGAUAUCCUGGCAGGGGGUGCUGUGUCUGGAGCCUGCAUGAAUCCUGCCCGUGCCUUUGGACCUGCUGUGAUGGCCAACCACUGGGACUUCCACUGGAUCUACUGGCUGGGCCCGUUCCUGGCUGCCCUGCUUGUAGGAGUGCUCAUCAGGGCCAGUGAAGCUGAACCAGUGGAAUUCCUGCUGCCCCAGGUGCCCUCAGCUGACCCAUCCUGGACUGCAGACAGGUCAACCUCUGCAUUUUCUGCUAAGGCAGAAGCCCAGAGGAGCAACUGGCUUGCUUCCUCUGACUUCGGCCUGACUUCUCAGACUGCUGCUAAGUUGCUUAUGCUCAAAUUCCUUCGUGCUCAUCAGAAACCAUAG